CACUGAUCUUCAACCCGGCAUCAGCUAUCCUGACACUGGCCGGCGCGUCAUCUGGUCGUCUCACUUGUCCUCGUCCGCGAUAAGGGCGGCCUUGGCGCUGCACGAACCAAUCCGCACACGACGAUCUUUCAUCAUGGCCUGCGGAACUGAUUGUGUAUGCUUUUUUUGCGCCCGUAAUAUCGAUCAAUCCCCCGGAGGGUCUUUUCGCAGGCAUCCUCUUCUGUGCCUUCUGCUCCUAUAUCUCCCCCGUUGCUUCCCGUAUUCCUUUUCCCUUUUCCCUUUUCCCAUCCGAUGUGUCUGGAUUAUGCCUGAUGCUAUCUUUCUUCCUGGAUUCCCCCUUGAACAACAACAACAAUAACAACAACAACAACCUUCUCGCCGAGGCUCAUUGUUCGCCUUGGCACGAAUUGCUAGUCCAUGGACCGCCCGCGGCUCCAUGACGGGCGUCCCGGUGCUCUCUCCGCCUCUUCUCCGUCCCCCGCAGCUUCGUUAUAUCAGACCUCCAGCAAGCUUCUGAGAGAGACCAACUUGGGAGACCGUAUCCCCGCGUUCCAUAUUCCCUUAGCCUUCCUCUCAUCCCUCCGUGCAAAUCUCCAGAUCUCUUCCCGCGAGGAUCUCUACCACUCAUCUACUCCUCCCUCCCUCGCCAAUACUCCCGACGCACUCUGCCCGGUCGUGUCGAUUCCCAGCCAAUCUCUGCCGUCUCCCUCGCCGUUCUUCAUUUCAAGAGAUACCCCCGACAUUCCAUCAAUAGAGCCAGGCGCUCGACGUUUCUCUUCUUCUCGUUACUCGAUUCAGACUGCCGGGACCGAAGACGAAAAGACAGAUGCACUCCGUCUCAUUGCGGCCAGCGUUCUGGAGCAACGCUUCAUCGCUAUCCGAUCUCUCUUUCUGCACCCGGUCGUUCUCUGCCUGGCCCUCCUCGCCCAUGCGAUCGCUGCCCGAUUGCUCUUCCGAAAACCGUACAAUACUGUCUUAGGAGCCUUCGGUUAUACGGUGUGCAUCCUAUCUGCUGUCUUUGCCCUGACAUACGUGAGUCGCGAAUACGCGUAUCUUGCAACGCAGUCUGAAACACGAGCAUGGCUCAUACAACCCCACCGAGCACGCCAUCCUCCAAGUUCCAACAACAGCAGUAGUAAAUCCCUUCCCGAGGACGACAUUCUUGUCGCAAAGUAUGAUUCCAGAGUUGUGGGCGCUCUCGUAUUCCGCAUUGCUCGCACCCGUGCCUUCAUGACCGGUACUCCCUCCGCCACUGGGUUUACACGCGGCCAUCGCCGUCGUUCCAGUCACAGCAGCUCGGCACGCCUGACGGGUGUCAUCCGUGCAUGGACUGUGAAGACCAGCUACCGCCACAGAGGCAUCGGGACGGAUCUCCUGCGUCAGGCAGUCGAGAUGUGCAGGCGGAGACGGCUCGAUGGGCCGGUGUUUGCGGACGAUCAUGCGUACUCGGUGAGAGUGUUGCCGCGAAUGUUCGGUAGAGCAUUUGAAAGGAGAGACACGAGAGCGAGAGACCUGUUGACGGAUGUAAUUGAAGAGGAGUGCUGAGGAUAUCUCACGACCGAUCUACUAGAAUUUUUAAUUUUGAUCCGGGGUCCGUUAUUGGGUGUCACGAAAGAUCUCUCUUCCUGUACGAUUCCACUCGUUAGGUAGGAUAUGACAACCUGCCUAGAGAUGUAGGGUUGAUCAGGGGCGAAGUAGAGGAGUUCGGUGAUUAUUUCAAGACACGAAACAGUUAUUUAUAUAUUUAGUUCCCAUCCAUCGCUCGCAAGAUAUAUAUCUCUAAGUAUGGGCAGCUAUUAACCAUUUACUUACCACUUGAGGAUAAUAAAAUAUAUACUCUCCUAAUCUUGCAC